UUUUCAGUAUUAAAAAUACUGAAUAAUAAGUAAUUAUCAAUGAUUCUUAGUAUGAUAUUUCUAUAAGGGAUAUACAUAUGGUAUUAAUAAAUUAACAAUUCAUAUAACAAAAUAUGUAUAAAAAACGUUUUCUUUUUUAAAGGUUAAGAAUGAAUUACAAACUUCUUUAAAGACAUGUCUGUAAAAGAAAAUGUUUAUAAAAAUACGCUUUUAUAUAUGUAAUUGGACUUGCAUUUUUGUACGGCAAUUGUGAAUAAAAAUUUUAGGAACAUGCUAAUUUAUAAGAUUUAUAUAAUAUUAUAACUAAUGUUACAUAUAUAAUUACCAAUUUAAAAAUAUACAUAUAUAAACACAGUACAUUUCUGGGAGACAUAUUAACAGAUAAUACAACUCUUUUUGUCAACAAAUCGCAAGACGCAUAGAAAGAAUUGUAAGUAUCUUCUUAGUGUUCUUUAACCACUAAAAGUUUUAACAGUUAUCAUUACAUAAGAAAUUUCCAAAGAGAAUGUUGUUAUUUCUGCUAAGUACUGAACUUCGUGCGUUACUUAUAAAUUGAUACAACAAAUAACUCAUCAGCUAUCAACUGUUACAAUCAGCACGGUGCUGAUAUUCAGCAUCGAUAUGUCGCAAUUUUUGGGACCUGCAUAUGAUUUCUUCAACCCGAAUAUUUGUCACUUUUGUAAGACGCCAUGGCACCUUAAUUUUAUAACCUGUGAUCAGUGCCACAUGAUUUCUUACUGCACCAUGUAUCACAAAUCAAGGAACAACGAGAGUCAUAUGCAAAUUUGUGCAGCUUUGCAAAACGUUUCAAGGAGUCACCCAUAUUUUUGGUCCACAUUAGGAAUAAACUUGGAGGAAUGGAUUCAGACGAGAAAACAGUUUAUACGUUUGGUCAAGCUGGCAUUGCAACGUGAUCUACAACCAUAUGAAGAGCAAAUGAUCACAUUAGCAAAAUCAUGCAUUAUUUGUUAUCGACAGGAUAAUCUCCUUUGUUGCCCUAAGUGCCAUUCCAUUAACUAUUGUCGUAAUCAUAAAAAGCUCUUGGGAAAUCGUCAUCGUGUUAAUUGCAACAAGUUGAAAUUAUGCCUUUCGACAAAUCGAGAUAUGCAUUUAUAUCCAAUAAUAAUAGACAUUUUCACAGAGUUUCCCACUGAGAACAAACUUACUGUUGAUAUGAAAGCGUUUGUUAAUCAAUAUGUGUGUCCAACACACUGGAUAGAUGAAAUUACCUCUGUCGGGUGUAGUAUAUGUCUUUAUUACUCUGAUUACGCGUCAGGACCGUUGACUUUAUAUGAUGGGAUACAGAAAAUAAAUAGAUUCAAUUAUUUUCAUAAACUAGAAUCGUGCCUUGUUAUUCAUAUAAUAGGUGCAAACUUCGUUGAUAUAGAUUACUUAUCAGCUUGGGAACUUCUUCUGCAUCUUUUACCUAACGUAAAAGAAUUGAAAAUUAUUCUGAUAGGGCCAGAAUUAUGUACCAAAAGUAACGGUCUCAGGGUUUGUACUAUAAGAUGCGUCCAACAGCGUCUUAAUUUCGAAGCUCAUCGCAUGUUAUAUCACAAUUAUGUAGACAGCAAGUGUUAUAAGCGACCAGAUGUAAUUAUAGGAUUUCAAGUAGAUUUGAGUGAUUGGGAGGCAUUAUCGGAAAUAAUUUUAAAAAUAAAAGCUCAAGAAUGUCCGUUUCUUAUAACCUCCAACUCGAAAGAUAAAGCCAAACAGAAUGUAAAUAAGAUCAAAGAAAUCCUAAAGUCACCUAUAUGUGAUGUUCUAUAUCUUGUAUACAACAGCAAAAAUAAUUUUAAAUCCAAUAGACCAUACCAAGAUGUCGAAACCGCUGGAGUAUCUUAUCAGAGGGAACUUCUUCUGCAUCUUUUACCUAACGUAAAAGAAUUGAAAAUUAUCUUGAUAGGACCGGUAUUACGUACCGAAAGUGGAGAUCUCAUGGUUUGUGAUAUAAGAUGCUUCCAACAAUGUCUUAAGUUCGAAUUUCAUCGUAUGCUAUAUCACACGUAUGUAGACAGCAAGUAUUACAAGUGACCAGAUGUAAUUAUAGGAUUUUAAGUAGAUUUGAGUGAUUAAGAGGCAUUAUCGGAAAUAAUUUUAAGAAUAAAGUGUCAAGAAUGUUCGUUUCUUUUAACCUCUAAAUCGAAAGAUAAAAUCGGACAGAAUAAUAUCAAUGAAAUCCUACAGUCAGCUAUAUGUAAUAUCCUAUAUCUUUUAUACAACGGAAAAAAUAAUUUUAAUUCCAAUAGACCAUACGAAGAUUACGAGACUGCUGGUGCAUCUUAUCGUAAUAAAUAUUUAACUGUUUAUAAGAAAUUGUAGUAGUAAUAAAUAAUAGAACAUUUUCGUUGACCUCAGAGAAUUUCGAAAUUUCCGUAUACGUUUGUAAUAUCGUUUCGAUAAUACCAUUGAAAAUAGAAUUAUGAAUAAAUUGUUAGACGACAUAUACAUAAAUUGCUUUAAUGGAUUAAUAAUUUAUGUAAAGAGAUAUUUGUAAAAGAAAAUGAUUUUUUUAUAAAGAUUAGAAGUGAAUUAUAAACUUGUUAUAAAACAUGUUUGUAAAAGUAAAUCUUUAUAAUAAAUAUUUUUGUAUAUGUAGCGGGACACGCAUUUUUGUACGACAAUUAUUAAUAAAAAUUUCAUAAACAUG